AGCAAACACCGUCUCGAUUUCGAAACGUUCAGGGUCUUCCCUAGUUCAUAUUCUCUAUUUUCAACAGUUUGGAGACUGUACUUUACGCCGGCCAGCCACUUUUUAACUGUACAAUUCACUCCACUUGGCUUAAAGUCAGGCCAAGUCUUGGAUAAGUUGACGAGGCACAGACUGAGUGUCACAGGCCCCCCCUUCUACUCAAGGGCUUUUGGUUUCUUCCUCCUUUGAUCUUUUCUAACCCCUUUGUUACAUCAUUAGUUUGGUUACUCAUCGUAUCAUUUUUGCAUCCUUUGUCCUUUUUGCCCGUGCGCUGAGUUUCCUCUCUUCCGUUCAAAGGGUGUCCUCUUUCUAGAGUCUCUCUCGUCUCUUAAUAUCUACGACUUCACCAAAAGAAAACCCGCCCACGAUCUCAAUUACACUACAGAUUUAACCGAUCGACUAUACCAUGUUUGCUUGAGAUUAGAUUCACGAGAUCGCAAAUCAUGACCCCGGCCCUUCUAAUGGCGCGUCUACCGCCGUUUCUCGUCAUCUCCGGCGUUCUCAAUCUCGCUACCGGCCACGUUCUGCCACAACCGACAAAGACGGUUGACUUUUAUGAACUCAAUGUUCUGCCGUAUCCUCUCGCCGCGACACCUGCGCCCGACGACUCAUUAUUGCUGCGAAGGCAAUUCAACACUGUUUGUGGUUACCUAGGGGGGGAUCCUGGACUACCAGCAACUUGUUCUGCAGGAUCGCAUUGUGUGGUAGAUGUCGAUCAUGGCGCUGUGGGCUGUUGUCCCGAUGGCGGAUCUUGUACAUCGGGUGUAUUCACAGGCUGUGUGGAUGCAGACAGUGGACCACAAACAGAGGUGAAUCCAUAUGUGUUCACCUGCAGAGGGAGCGAUUCGUGCUACAGAAAUAGCUAUGAAGGCGGCUUCUUUCAAUUUGGAUGUGGUUCAACAUCUGGUUUGGCGACAAAAGUUGUGGCUACAGCUUCAGGAAAGAGUGCGAUUGACCUCACAAGCAUAAAUGUUCCUCUUACACAGCCAGUGAGUUCACUAUCUGAACCCACAACACUAGGAACAAGGAGAAGGACAACAACGACGGAUACCUCCGCCACAAAAUCAUCAGCGACAAGGAGCGCAUCUACAAAAUCUACUGAAACCUCCUCAGGUUCAACAACAGAGUCAACAGCUUCAACAACAAAUUCAGAAACUUCCUCAACAGAGUCGGAAACCUCAACAGCGUCGGAGACCGAAUCCGACACCUCCACAGAAACCACAGCUUCAGAGACAGCAGACCCAUCGUCCACGGAAUCUGGCGACUCUGAUGCCCCUGACACCGACGGCAAUGACAAUGGCUCCAAGAAUACGGGCGCCAUCAUCGGCGGUACCAUCAGCGGCGUAGCAGCGCUCGCAGCUCUCAUAGUUCUCGGCAUUUGGCUCUGGAAGCGCAAGAAGGGAAAUACGCGCCAGGGGCCAGGCGUGAAACACCAGGUGCAGCACAUCGGUCCGCCGUUAGACAAUAAUCAUAAUUUUGCUCCGGUGCCCCUUAUGCAUGAGACCGACAAAAUGGCACCGCCCCCACCAGUUCCAGUGAGGAACCAGCAGCGCACUAUGGACUCGGCUGCUGGCCAUGAUGAGCCAUAUUCCGAACCAUGGGAUCCUUCCUCUAAUUAUGGUUAUGGUAAUUCAGCGGGUGCUGUGGGUGGAUCUUCGCAUAUGGAGCAUGAUGAGGUGCCUUUGACACGUGACGACGACUUCGACCAUAGUUAUAACUCUGGCUUGGGACGAAUCAGCGAGGAACAGCCACGACCUGGAACAGCGAUCAGUACACCUGGCCAAAUGAGCCAAGUAUAUCCUGGACCCCGCGGCGGCGGUGGAGGGCCGUUGUGGCAGCAGAAUCGUGGGCCUGGGUGGUUCUAAUUGUAUAUGAAUCUGAUGAAAAGGGGAGACGGCACAUAAACAGGUAGUGGAUGGCACCGCGGCUCGAGAAUUGCUUUGGCGUUUGCUUUUGGGUUAGCAUAUGGAGUUGAUAUCCGGAGUUGCAUUACUAUAAAGGAGGAGUUGUAAUGAGCGGUUCCCAACAGUGCUGGAAUAGAUGAGCUUGAGCUUGGAUUAAUCAUGAGAUAUGAUGGCCACACGGUCAUAGGUAUGGGCUUUUGGUAGAUAGCUAUGAUAUAAAGAAACUAAGCAGUAUUGACUAAAAA